AUGAAUGGAACAGAAGGUAUAAAUUUUUAUGUGCCACUGUCCAAUAAAACAGGGCUGGUUCGGAGUCCGUUUGAAUAUCCCCAGUAUUACUUAGCUGAACCAUGGAAGUUUAAAGUUUUGUCCUUCUACAUGUUUUUCCUCAUCGCUGCUGGGCUGCCUAUCAAUGGCCUCACCCUCUUUGUGACCUUCCAGCAUAAGAAGCUGCGGCAGCCACUGAACUACAUCUUGGUCAACCUGGCUGUAGCAAACCUCUUAAUGGUCUGCUGUGGCUUCACUGCCACCUUCUACGCAUCCUGGUAUGCCUACUUUGUAUUUGGUCCCAUUGGCUGUACCAUGGAGGGCUUUUUUGCAACAGUUGGAGGUCAAGUGGCACUCUGGUCGCUGGUGGUCCUGGCCAUAGAGCGCUAUAUUGUGAUCUGCAAACCAUUGGGCAACUUCCGCUUCUCUGCCACUCAUGCCAUAAUGGGCAUUGUUUUUACUUGGUUUAUGGCCUUAGCCUGUUCAGCUCCACCUCUGUUGGGAUGGUCCAGAUAUAUACCAGAGGGGAUGCAGUGCUCCUGUGGUCCAGACUAUUACACACUCAAUCCUGAUUUCCACAAUGAAUCCUAUGUCAUCUAUAUGUUUGUCAUCCACUUUACCAUCCCCAUGAUAGUCAUCUUCUUUUCCUAUGGACGGCUUGUAUGCAAAGUCCGAGAGGCAGCUGCUCAGCAACAAGAGUCAGCAACCACACAGAAAGCAGAGAAAGAAGUUACCCGCAUGGUGAUCCUGAUGGUGAUGGGAUUUCUCCUUGCUUGGACCCCUUAUGCUUCUGUAGCAUUCUGGAUCUUCACCAACAAAGGGGCAGAUUUUUCAGUUGCAUUCAUGACAAUACCUUCCUUCUUCUCUAAGAGUUCAUGUAUCUACAACCCCAUCAUUUAUGUCCUCUUAAACAAACAGUUCCGUAACUGCAUGGUCACUACAAUCUGCUGUGGCAAGAACCCCUUUGGUGAUGAGGAUGUCUCUUCAACUGUAUCACAGAGCAAGACCGAGGUAUCUUCUGUCUCCUCCAGUCAGGUGACACCUGCCUAG